UAAUUUUUAUUUUUAGACCGUAAGGUUAUGGGAGAGUGGUUUGGACAUUUUUUAAGGUGUUUAGAAUUGGAUUCUGUACUUUUGGAGGUAUUAUAAGGUGGAGUGGUCUGGCUAAGGAGGUGGAUAUGAGGGAAAAGGUAUUUAGAACAAAGGAUUUGGUUAUGGAAAUGAAAUUUGUUUGUGUGAUUGAGGAUCGAAUUAACUUUAACUGAUUCUACAUCACUAAAGCCUCUAGAUUACAUAGCAAUCAUAUAAAAACUUAAAGUAUCUUUAAAAAUGAAUUCACUCCUCCAAAAACUAAUUCCUCAGCACCAAAACUUCUAAUUCCCCCUACUCUAUAACCCCAAAUAUCGCCUCAAUCUUCAUAUAGUAAAAUUAAUGAAGACAAAGAAGUCAUUAUUAAAGAAGAGCCCCAUAUUGCCUCUAAAGGAGAGCAUAGAAAAGAAACCAGCCGAGUCAAAGAAGAGCAGAGAAACUGUAGUACAAGAGAUGCUAGGAACAGUUAAAUAAAAUAGUUUUAGAGACAGUGGACAAAGCUAGAGGAGAUAUUGAAAACAAGAUUUUAAAGAAAAUAGAGGAAGGAGUUAUCGGAGAGCAAAAAGAAGGUAUGCAAUGGGGUUGGAAUUGAAUUUUGGACCUAGAGGUGGGGUUUAUAAGGGUUUAGAGUUUGAAGGGGCUAUGAAGAAGUUAAGGGAUGAGCAGAAGAAAGAUGAGAUUCGAGGAUUGCUGCAAUCUGUAGCAAAGACUGGGGUUUCUAUAAAGGUGAUUUUUUGAUAAUUCGUUAGACAGCGGAAAGAAGCAAGUUUCUUGAUGAAGAAGAUCCUUAUGUACAUUAUUUAUAAUCCAUAGGCCAAUAUGAAAAACAUUGAAGAGAGGUUAAAUUCUUCCUUUGAUAAUAGGAUUCAUAAUAGAAGUUUUAGCUUGAGCCAGAUAAGCUCAGAACACAACCAAAUGAAGAGUUAUUCUAUAAAAUAUCCAGAUGAUGCCUACAAUGAGAAAUAAAUACAUGCAAAUUUCAACAGAGAGGCUAAGAUCUAUAAACAAAGAGAGGAAGCAGCUUCAGCUUCUUAAGAAACAAGAGAAAAUGAGGACCAAAAGAUUGAUUGAGAAAGAAGCCCAAAAGAAACUCCAGCUCGAACUACUCAAGAAGAAAGAACGCGAACAAAAGAACGAGUUUAUUCUUAAGAAAAUCGAGCAAAGAAAAAUUGACAGAGAGAGAAGUCUGCAUGAAAGAGAGGAGGAAUAUAAGAAGGUAAAGAACAUCACACCUAUGUUCGAGAAGCUUCGCAAGAGUUAUGUUGAGAGCCAUGAGUUGCCAGAACUCCAGAAGAAGAAAGAGAUCCUCACAAGUAUCAGGGAUUUACACCAACCAAUCAAUUUCAAAGAAUUUUGUCAACAUGAAAAGAAGUGGAAGAAAAACAGAAAAUCUAUGAUGAAAUAAACUUGUGGAUAAGAGGAAAGAAAUGAAUCGCAGCUCAAACAAUCUUCCUUACAAAUCUAAGUUUACGAAAGACUAUCUUGAACAAGAAGCUAUCAGGAUUAGUGAAAAACUUCAUGAGAAAGAGAAGAGAAGCAAUUACAGAGUCAAACUUAAGCACUAUGGAAAACUUGUCCAACACACUUUCAGACCUGAGAUUUCAAAGACCAAGAAGCAAGAGAUAGAGGCUAUGAAGGAAAUGUACCCUAAUGAAAGAUGCAUCAUUAAAAGCAAUGAGAGGAAAUCAACACCUUCAAAUGCAUCGGUUACUCCACAGAAAAAGCAUCCAUAUAGACAGACAGGGUUCCCAAGAUCAACCAACAUUACAAUGCCAACCAAGAAGAAAGCAUGGAAGAAAGUAAACCCAAUGGUUCCAAAAGAGAAACCAAAGGAAGAAAGCAAGACCUCUGUGACAGUUGAUUAUCUGCAAGAUUUCAAGAAAAAGCGGUCUAAGAAAGGUAAAAAGCCAGAUCUCUACUAUGCCCAACAGCAGAUAAAACGUCACUUGAAAAAGAACGGAUCAAUGAGUCCAAAGGAGCAAAUGGACGAGGUGAAGAACCUAUCUCGAGCUCUUAACGAAAAAGCAGAACAAAAGCUACAACAAGUGAUGGUUAACAAAAAGUCUUCUAAUCUAAUAGAGGAAUCCAAUAACUUGAUUAUUGACAGCAUAAACAGCAAACUAAUGCUUUUACAGAAAAUUUAACAAUCCCUGAUCUAAAUAAAAAUUCCCCCCAAAAGUCCCUAACCUCACCAUUCCACCCAUCU